UGAAAGCCCAUGAUUAUUUUAACUCCAAUUUAAAAAGGAAAUUGAUUUUUUCUCAAAAAUGACUCAAUAGCGUUUAUUUUUCAUUACUGGUUUUGUUUUUUGGUCACAAGUAAAAUUACAGGUAGCUACGUAUAAAGCGAAGUGAAAAGUUCUUCAGAUUUUCAGUUCAUCAAGUAACCUUGAGAGAACAAAUCGCUUCUACAAAAUGUCGAAGCGAGCGAUGACCCUUGUGGUCAUCCUUGCCGUUUUGGCUCUGGGAAUUCAAUGGAUGGAAGCGAAAGAAAUUCCAAGAAAUUACCUAAGUAAGACUGCAUCGUCUACCGUGAAGAAAACCACGGGGGAUUUAAAAAUGGACUAUAAACGUUCGUUAGAUUCAAAUGAAGAAGAAAACGAAAAUGAAGAAGAUGUUGCGAAAGAGGACUCUCCAUACGAAGAAAGCGAAUAUCAAGUGAAUGAUCCUACUGAGACGCCGGAAGAGGGGAGAAAUCGACCAUUGCCGAAGACACGGAGGAGAUUGAAGGGACUGAGGAGACGGACAAGACUGAGAAGACUGAAGAGACUGGAGAGACGUAGGCGACUAAGGAGACGGAGGAGACGAAGGAGACGAAGGAGACGAAGAAGACGAAGAAGACGAAGGAGACGAAGAAGACGAAGGAGACGGAGGAGGCGGAGGAGGCGGAGGAGACUGAGGAGACCGAGGAGACUGAAGAGGCGACGGAGAUUGAGGAAAACGUGGGGCCUGAGAAGACGGAAGGAACUGGAGAGACGUAGGCGACUGAUGAGACUGAGGAGACGGUUGAGACUGAUGAGAGGGAGGAGACUGAAGAGACCGAGGAGACCGAGGAGACUGAGAAGACCGAGGAGAUUGAGCAAACUGGAGAGACGUAGGCGACUGAGGAGACGGAGGAAAUUGAGGAGACGGAGGAGACGGAGGAGACGGAGGAGACGGAGGAGACGGAGGAGACGGAGGAGACAGGGAAUACUGAGGAAACGCCGAAUUGCAGGCUGGUUAAUAGUUUUUGAUGGGAGACAAGGGAAACUUUUUAGACGAAACAGAAGGCGGUGGAGAAUUGUUUUGAGAAUCAUGCGAAUAGGGAAACGAUGGAAAAUUGGAGUAAAGAAAGGACGGAAUAAAUGGCAUAUACAGAGAAUACAGCGAUACAAGGGGGAAAUAAAGUCAAUCGGGAUAAAACGUCACGUGCGGAAUACGAGAAGAUGGAGGAUCUUGGUAAAAAUAGAAAGAAGGCAUAGAAAAUUCUUGCUGAUAGUGGGGUUAAGGUUAACCAGGACUGGAUGGAAAUUCCGGCUGAAGAGAAAUCGAAAAGGGGCAUUCUUCGACAGCAAUGAUAUGAUGAACCCAGACGAUGAAGAAGACAAAGAACCUAGUGUAGAAACGGAUUUUGAAGACGAACCUUUUCCAACCUCAGAAACAGAAGAAGACGAAUUUCCUGAAGAUGAUACCGAGGGAGGAUCAGAUUUUUUGGACUCGGAUACAGAAGGCGACGAACUUACUGAUGAUCCUACGGACGAAUCAGAAGAAUCAUUGGACUCAGGUGAAGAAGAAGACGAGCCUACUGAAGCGGAUUCUGAAGAGGAAUUAGCAGAUUCUCCGAGCUCUGAAACUGCCGAAGAUGAACCUCCUGAAGCGGAUUCUGAAGAGGAAUUAGCAGAUUCUCCGAGCUCAGAAACAGCCGAAGAUGAACCUUCUGGAAAUUCUGAAGAGGAACCAGAAGAUUCUCCGAACUCAGAAGCAGCAGAAGAUGAACCUCCUGGGAAUUCUGAAGAGGAACCAGGAGAUUCUUCGAACUCAGAGGCAGCAGAAGAUGAACCUCCUGAAGGCGAUUCUAACGAGGAGUGAGAAAAUGGACUCCGAAAGAGAAGAAUCAAUAUAAAUGACAAUAAAAUUAAUAGUGGUAUAGUCUAUAUUUUGUUCUAAAAAAAUCAUCUGUUUGAUUUUAAAAUAAAUUAUA